AUGUCAGUAGCUACCCUACUAGCGCACGCACUCAGUCGCGUCGGAGGCGUGAUAUUCUGCGACACUUCACAACGAUGGACCGGCACUACCACUGAGUUGGACGCUCUAUGGAAACGUGCUCUCUCCGGAAGUGGUGUGCUCGCGUGGCCCCGGUUGGCUGCCGUCACGUCCCUGACACAUCCCCGCAUGUUCCACUACUUCCACGCCAGCAUAGACGACUUCCUAUUCGUCCAAAUGGUGGACGUCACCAGACUCAUCGUGGCUAAUAAGCCGGCGGUCGUGGAUGUCAUGAGGCCGUGGAUACAGUGCGCUUUAACGGUCGACUGUAUCAUGCCUAUAGGUGCUCAGUCCGUGGGCUGCAGAUUCGACAAGAAACCGCAAUACCGGUACUCCGGCUGUCACGGGCAGGAUGCAUCUGCCCUCAGCAUCGUGCUUGGGCUCCGCUCUGGAUUUGAGGAAUCCUCUUAUGCGGUGCGCGCUCGCCGGUCGCGUUGGCACUGGGUGUCUGAGAGCACGGCACGUCGCGAGUUCGCUUCUUUGCGCACCAACACCAGUGACGCAGAAUACCGCACCGAGCACAGCUCGCCGCUGGACCACUCCGCCCCCCUCACAGUCCAUGCCAACACGUGA